GUGCGUUGGCAGGCCGCAGUGGAGAACAACAACAAAGAAGAAGAAGAAUGAGCUUCUCUGCACUAGCAGGUUCUGCAGGUCAUCCUGAGAGUGGAAACACGCGAGCUAACAUUUAAACACUUUUUGGACUCGUCCUCCAUUUAAACUACAUUCCUGCGUUCCUGGAGGGAUAUCUCUGCGGGGACUUUGUGACGUUCAUCCAGGCAAGGCUCCCCGAAUGUCCCACGACGUCCUGUCCACGGCCACCCCGCGCGCACCUAUGGCCGGGAGUUGACCCCGCCCGCCAGGAUGACGCUGCACGAGCAGCUGAGGGAGAAGAUCUCGGCGGCCUUCUACCGCCACGGACUGUUGUGCGCCACCUACCCAGUGCCCAUCAUCCUCUUCACCUCAGCCAGCAUCCUCACCUGCUGCUAUCCACUGCUAAGGCUCCCCCUGCCCGGGACGGGUCCUGUGGAGUUCACCACAGGGGUGCGAGACUACAACGUCCCUUCCCAUGAGCCUCUGGGAGACCUGGCGGAGUGGCCUGACUGGUAUCAAGGACCUCCAGUGGCCUACAUCCAGCAAUUAUUGGUCAAGGCAGCCGUGUCUCCGUGGGACAACAGCUUGGUGCCGGUGGACGUCUUUCGAUUGCCGCUCGGCCGAGUCUUCAGCCUGUUGGAUGAGAUCCGCAACCACGUGCACUCUGACGGCUCGGGCCGUCGCAGUUUGGAGUCCCUGUGCCUCCAGGUGACGGACUUGUUGCCGGGGUUACGGCGGAUGCAGUCUGUGCUGCCGGAGCACGGAUGCCUGCUCAUCUCUCCCGGCAACUACUGGCAGAACCAACGGGAGCUCUUCGACUCGGACCCCAACCCCCUCAAGACCAUCCAGAAGCACGAACCCAAAGGACUACACACGUCGGCCACGCUGAGAGACCUGCUGUUCGGCGUCCCGGGGAAGCACACAGGCGUGAGUCACUACAACAGGAAGAGGGUGGUGACGUACACAAUCACCUUGGUGCUGUCCAGCUACCAUGCAAGGUUCCUCGCCAGCCUGCGAGCUCGCCUGAAGCAUCUCCACCCGUCCAACAACUGCAGCCUGAAGGACGAGCGCAUGGUGCACGUGCACUUCAAGGAGGAGAUCGGUGUGGCGGAGCUCAUCCCGCUGGUGUCCACGUACAUCAUCCUCUUCGCCUACAUCUACUUCUCCACACGUAAGAUCGACCUGGUGAAGUCCAAGUGGGGUCUGGCUCUGGCCGCCGUGGUCACGGUGCUUAGCUCUCUGCUCAUGUCGGUGGGACUGUGUACGCUCUUCGGCCUGACGCCCACGCUCAACGGAGGGGAGAUCUUUCCAUAUCUGGUGGUGGUGAUCGGCCUGGAGAAUGUCUUGGUCCUCACCAAGUCUGUGGUGUCCACGCCUGUGGACCUGGAGGUCAAACUGCGCAUCGCUCAGGGCCUGAGCAACGAGAGCUGGUUCAUCAUGAAGAACAUGGCCACCGAGCUGGGCAUCAUUCUCAUCGGAUACUUCACGCUGGUGCCGGCGAUCCAGGAGUUCUGUCUGUUUGCUGUCGUGGGUCUGGUGUCCGACUUCUUCCUGCAGAUGUUCUUCUUCACCACAGUGCUCUCCAUAGACAUUCGCCGCAUGGAGCUGGUUGACCUGCACAGACACAUGGCUCCGCCCAUACAGGAAGUGCGCCGUCCCCCACGGCCCUCCCCUCAUACCAUCAACCUGCGACCGCCCAAGAGAUUGCGACUUGUCUACUUCCUGGCCCGCAAACGCCUGGCUCAGCGCAUCAUCAUGGUCAGUACUGUGAUCUGGAUCGGUAUUCUUGUCUACACCGACCCAGCUGGACUGCGCAUCUACCUGGCUGCACAGGUGUCAGAUCAAAGCCCUCUCGGGGACCCCGGGGGCGGAGGCAUGAGCCCCCACCUGGAGGUGGCCCCCGUCUUCCGUGGAGGAGAUCCGACCAGCACUCUGACUGAGCGUUGGGCGCCGGACCCCACGCCCAUACCCGACAACCCCCCACAGGGACAGUCCGUCCCGCAUCCGCCGCCCGCCGUACCACAGAUCACAUGGGAGUCUGAGGAUGAGGAAGUAUGGAGGAAGUUGUCAUUCAGACAUUGGCCUUCGCUCUUCAGCUACUACAACAUCACGCUAGCGAAAAGGUACAUCAGCAUCCUUCCCGUCAUUCCCGUCACCCUCCACGUCAGCCCCCAGGAAGCCAUAGAGGCAAGGCACCCACAGGACACCCAGCACCCUCUCCCGCCCAUUCCGCAGGUCCCGCAUCUUCAGACAGACCUGACGCUCUACAAGGUGGCGGCUCUGGGUCUGGCGGCUGGCGUCCUGCUGGUUCUGCUGCUCCUCUGUCUUUACCGGAUCCUCUGUCCUCGAAACUACGGGCAGAUGGAACGGCGCCGCCGCCGCCAAGGGGAGCUGCCCUGCGACGGCUACGGUUACUCGGCGCCCAUCAGCGAGAUCUCGCCGCUUCUGCUGAGCGGCCACAUGAUGGACAUCGAGUGUCUGGCGAGUGACGGGAUGCGACUUGCGAGCUGCUGCCUGGCGGGACAGAUCCGUGUGUGGGAUGCCCUGACGGGGGACUGCCUGACUGUUAUCCCCAAGCCGGGGAGCAUCUCCUGGGGGGAAGCGCCCGUGGCAGCCACCCACUCGGACCAUUCAAGCAUUGAAGGUUCUGACCCCUCCGAGGACGAGGUGAACUCAUUACGGUAUCGCCCGUCUCGCUUCGAAGGCCAGCCGGACAUGACGCCGCUCAUCAACUUCAACUUCUCCCCGCCGCCCAGUCCCCGCACCCCGCCGUCUGGCAGGGCGGGCUUCGACUUUGGCCGUCUGGUGGCGCCUCUCCACACGGAGUACAUGCUCCCGUCGCCGCUCGCCUACAUCGGUCCCUCCUCGCCACACUCCGGCGGCACGCUCCGCAAGCGGGGCGCCUCGGUGCAGGCCGCCGACCCUCCCCCCUCCUAUGACAUGAGCGCCAUGCAAGGCUCCGUGUGGUCCAUGGAGCUCAACGGGACUCUGAUCGCUGUGGGGAGGAGCAACGGCGUACUGGAGCUGUGGGACGCCGCGCAAGGAUGUGUGUACUGCACAAACGACUGCAGCGCCUCUGGAAUCACAGCUCUCAUCUUCCUGGACAACAGAAUCGUGGUCGCGCGUCUUAACGGCUCGUUGGAUUUCUUCAGCGUGGACGUCAACAGUCCUCUGGUCGUAAUUCAGCUCCAAGGCGCUGGCGGCAAGGACUCCAUCAGCUGCACGCUGACGCGCUCGGUGCAGUGCGCUCACCAGAAGCCCAUCACGGUGCUGCGAGCCGCUGCCGGCAGGGUGGUCACCGGCAGCCACGAUCACACCAUCAGGGUGUACCGUCUGGAGGACUCGUGCUGCCUCUUCACGCUGCAAGGUCACUCGGGGGGGAUCACCGCCAUUUACAUCGACCAGACCAUGGUCCUUGCGAGCGGCGGCCAGGACGGCGCCAUCUGCCUGUGGGACGUCCUGACGGGCAACCGCGUCAGCCACGUUUACGGGCACCGCGGCGACGUAACCUCGCUGGUGUGCACCACCAAGUGCGUCAUUAGCUCGGGACUGGACGACCUGAUCUGUAUCUGGAACCGCAAGAAGGGAGUCAAAAUGUACUCCAUCCAGCAGGAAGCGGGCUGCGGCGCCAGUCUGGGUCUCAUCUCAGAGUCUCUCCUUGUGACGGGCGGCUUGGGCUGCGUCUCCUUCUGGGACCUCAACUACGGCGACCUCAUCCAGACGGUGUACUUGGGUCCGAGCAGCGACGGGCAGGGCGUGCGGCAGCUGCUGGUGCUCAACAACGCCGCCAUCGUGUGCGACUUCGGCAGCGAGCUGAGUUUGGUCUACGUGCCCUCGGUGCUGGAGACAAUGGACUGAGGAGGCGGAGCAGGUUCGAUUGACUAUGGACUCUUCUUACCUUUCAGUUCCUGCUGCAUCUCAUGUGACCUGCUGCCUUCCGCGACACACACACAUGCGUUUCUUUUUAUGUAUAGAUGGAUUAUUUAUUAGCGGUACUUUAGCUCUGAAAAAUUAUUUUGGCGGGGGCAUGAAGUGCUUGCGCUGGGGAACAUUCCUUUUUACCCCGCACCCCUGUGAGGUUACUGAUACUGUUGACGGGACCCAGGUGCACAUGACCUCUGUGCAUAUCAUGUUUACAUGGACUAAGUUUUUUAACGUUUUGGACCAAGCAAGCAAACUUCUGGAGGGGGAGGGGCCGACUCACAUUUAGACAGGAAACCCCGCCCCCUCCUCCCUUGACUGGUGGCGUGGAUUUAACUUAUUGACUUUUGUAACAGAACUUUGUACUAAUAUUUUCAAUAAAGAUGCUUUUAUAGGACAA